CCCGGGGCCCGCGCGAAGCUGGGGAGCACAUGCGGGAGGGCCCCCAGAAAAGCGUCCGCAGGCGAGCGUCCCAAAGGCUGGCUUCCCUGUGGAGACCCGCUAACUGCGCGCAGGGUCGCAGGGGCAGUGUUACCGACCGCGCGCGCCCGCCCCGCGCCGCGCCGCGCUGCGCUGCUCCAUUUCCGCCCCGCCCCUGCUUCCGGCCUGGCGGCCACGCUGGUACACAUGCGCACGCGCUCGGUGUGCCUCCGACGUGGGCCGGGCGUCCUGGGCGGAGCUGAGCGGAGUUGCGUGAGCCGUGAGGUCACGCCUGGAGGCCCCGCCCGUCGGCGCUCUGCACCAACCAGACGAGCGCUAGAUCCCGACCGGCGGCGUUUCCGCGUUAACGGUUGAGGCACACACCCAGGUCUCCGCGCACGCGCGCUCGCACGCGCACGCGCGCUUGGGGCGGUGGUUGGAGGCGACGCGCUCUUCGUACUCGGCAGCGGGCGGGCGGCGAUGGGCGAGGCGGAUACGGGGACUCCUUUUUUCGAGAUGACCUGGAGCAGCACGACAAGCAGUGGCUACUGCAGUCAGGAGGACUCGGACUCGGAGCUCGAGCAGUACUUCACGGCGCGCACCUCGCUGGCGCGCAGGCCGCGCCGGGACCAGGAUGAGCCUGUGGAGUGGGAGACACCUGACCUUUCUCAGACAGAGGUUGAGCAGAAGAUCAAGGAGUACAAUGGCCAGAUCAACAGCAACCUCUUCAUGAGCCUGAACAAGGACGGCUCCUACACAGGCUUCAUCAAGGUUCAGCUGAAGCUGGUGCGUCCUGUCUCAGUGCCUUCCAGCAAGAAGCCACCCUCCUUGCAGGAUGCUCGGCGCGGCCCAGGGCGCGGCCCAGCUGUGAGGCGCAGGACCUCCUUCUACCUGCCCAAAGACGCCGUCAAGCACCUACAUGUGCUGUCACGCACACGGGCACGCGAAGUUAUCGAGGCCCUGCUGCGCAAGUUCCUAGUGGUGGAUGACCCCCGCAAGUUUGCACUCUUUGAGCGGGCUGAGCGCCAUGGCCAAGUGUACCUCCGGAAGCUGGCAGAUGACGAGCAUCCCCUGCGGCUGCGGCUUCUUGCAGGGCCCAGUGAGAAAGCCCUCAGCUUCGUCCUGAAGGAGAAUGACUCUGGGGAAGUGAACUGGGAUGCCUUCAGCAUGCCUGAACUGCACAACUUCCUGCGCAUCCUGCAGCGGGAGGAAGAGGAACACCUCCGUCAGAUCCUGCAGAAAUACUCCUAUUGCCGCCAAAAGAUCCAGGAGGCCCUGCAUGCCUGCCCCCUGGGGUGACCUCUUGUACCCCUGGGUGGAAGGAGAGUAGGCAGUGCCCAGGGCGUGCCGUGUGAGUGUGACAGGGCCCUUGGGGCCUGAAGAAUGAGUGUGCAUGGAGGCCCUCUCUUGGUGGGGAAAUGAGCCCAGAGAACAGUGAAGGAGCUGGUGCUGUGUCCAUCAGUGGGUGAGCAGAGCAUGACUCCACACCCUUUUGCCCUUCAUGGACUGGGUCGUGGUGGGCCGGGGUUGCCCUUGGAAGAUGCUCCAGGCUUGCAGCAGGGAUAAAGCAGACAGAAGUCUCCUUAACUUGUGUCUCAGGUAAAAGAAUAUUGGAGACCCUAUAAAUAAAGAAUAGGGUCAUGUUUGUAAGUGUGAGGGCCCUCAUCUAUGGGGAAAGGUGGUAUGUUUGGGGUCUUGGGUGGGGUCUCAGAAUCGCCUAUCAGAACCAAGGGUGGGGGUUCAAGAUAAGGCAGACAUCAAGGGAGAGUCUAGGUUUCCCACUACAGUGCCCUCAAGUCCUCACACACCCUGGGGUCAGGAAGUGCCAGCUCAUGGUGCAGCAGCAGUGCCUCAGUGCCUCCAUGGGGGAUGUCCCUGGGCCAGGGUUUUUGUGAGUGUGGCACUGGCCCAGGUCUGUGCCUUGUUUGCCAGUCAGAGCCAGGGUCUUUCCCUCAGGUAUUUUUGAUGUGUGUGAAUGUAUGUAGUAUUUUGUGGCCUCAGCUGAACGCCUCCUGUUUGGGUAAGGGUGGGGGUUGACGGUCAUCAUCAGGACCUGGGGCCUGAGAGCAUUGGCUGAAUAAAGUUUUAAGAACUCUG